AGACAAAUCACUUCCUCAUUUACCCACAAUGAAACAUUACUCUCUUUCUACAUCCUCCUUCUUUUGUCUAUAUAUUAAAUAGAAAUCUUGAGACAUGGGAAAUGGGUCUUUACUAGAGUAGAAUUCCACACAAAACCCAUCUCUGUUUCUCUCUCUUGGGGAGCUUGAGAUUGAGAAAUGGGUUCAUGGGUUCAGGGUGUUUUGUUCAUUUUUGUUGUUGUUGUUGUCUGUAUUGGAAAUGCGGUUGGGAGUGGGGAGAAGUGUGAUUUUUUUCAAGGGAUAUGGGUUAGGGAUGAGACAUAUCCUCUGUACAAGGCGGAGGAAUGCCCAUUCAUAGAGAGGGAGUUCAAUUGCCAGAGGAAUGUGCGUAUGGAUGAUUUGCAUCUCAAGUUCAGAUGGCAGCCCCAGGGCUGUGCUUUGCAGAGAUUUUAUACCUCCUUCCAGAAAUGGCAGUACUAGUAUAUCUGUGAGCGUUGUGGUUGGCAUUGUGGCUGGAGUCAUUCUUCUUAUCUUCCUGGUUAUCGGUAUCCUUUGGUGGAGAGGCUGCCUAAGGCGCAAAGAUACAUUGGAACAAGAUUUAAAGGGUCUAGAUCAGCACACUGGUUUGUUUACCCUAAGGCAAAUUAAGGCUGCCACAAACAACUUGGAUGCUGCCAACAAAAUUGGAGAAGUUGGAUUUGGUUCUAUUUACAAGGGCCUCUUAUCGGAUGGCACCGUAAUUGCAGUGAAGCAGCUUUCUUCCAAGUCAAAACAAGGAAACCGUGAGUUUGUGAAUGAGAUAGGCAUGAUUUCUGCUCUUCAACAUCCUCAUCUUGUGAAGCUCUAUGGCUGUUGUAUAGAAGGAAAUCAGUUGUUGCUGAUAUAUGAGUAAAUGGAGAAUAACAGCCUCGCUCGUGCUUUGUUUGGCCCCGAAGAAUGUCAAUUACAAUUGGAUUGGCCAACUAGGCACAGGAUCUGUGUUGGCAUAGCAAGAGUGUUGGCUUAUCUUCAUGAAGAAUCAAGGCUGAAGAUCAUCCACCUAGACAUCAAGGCCACAAAUGUGCUGCUUGAUAAGAAUCUUAACCCCAAAAUAUCUGACUUUGGUUUGGCCAAACUUGAUGAAGAGGAUAACACCCACAUUAGCACCCGGAAUGCUGGUGCAUUUGGAUAUAUGGCACCUGAAUAUGCAUUUCGGGGCUAUUUAACUGACAAAGCAGAUGUUUACAGUUUUGGAAUUGUUGCCUUGGAAAUUGUCAGUGGAAGAAGAAACACUACUUAUAGGCCAAAAGAGGAAUGCAUCUAUCUUCUUGAUUGGGCACUCUCAUUAAAAGGGGAGGGGAAUUUGAUGGAUCUAGUUGACCCCAGAUUGGGCUCAGACUUCAACAAGGAAGAGGUCUUGGCGAUGAUCAACAUAGCUCUCUUGAGCACAAAGGUCUCUCCAGCAGUCAGGCCAGCUAUGUCAUCAGUUGUGAGCAUGCUUGAAGGCAGAACCACUGUUCAGGACAUUGUUUCUGAUCCCAGUGUUCCUAGUGAUGACUUAAAGCUCGAGGAGAUGAAGGAGCAUUAUUACUACACCCAAGAAAAGAUCAUGGGUGUGAGCGAGAGCAUGCCAGACAGGCCAUGGACUGCUUCUUUAUCCAUCCCUGAUCUCUACCCAGUCACCUUGGAUUUUGAAUAUUGGGAGAACAGAGAUUAAAUGUUGGUUUUCAAUUCUUCUUUAUGUUCUUCUUUGACACCAUUUAUGUAGGUGGGUGGAUAGUAUUUCUUUGAAUUUGUAAAUAUUUUCAUGUCCUGUAAUCCAUACGGUUUUACAGAAAAAAGUUAUCAAUUUUAUCAAAGAUGUAUGUUUGGGAUAUAUGUUUCUGAGUUGUGUAUGAAAGAAAGGCUUGUUCAUCAAUCUAUGAAGCAUUUGUGCUCA